AUGCUUCAAGUAUUAUGUUGUCGCAAUGAAAAAAUUAUUGAAAAAACAGUACGUGCACUUACCAUUCCAGUACUUUUGCCAUUAAUUGAUUGUUUAAACAAAUAUCUUUAUCAAAGUGCAGAAAAAGGUCUUAUUGCAUCAAAAUGGUUACGAACUGUAUUAAGUACUCAUACAUCAUAUCUUAUGACAUGUCCGGAUAUAACAGAACGUCUAGGUCCCAUGUAUGAAUUAAUUGAAGCACGUACAAGACUUUAUCCAAAAUUAGCAAGACUUCAUGGAAAAUUAUCACUUAUUGCUUCACAAAUCAAUAAUCGUAACAAUGAAUUAUCAAAUAGUGAUGCAACUAUUUCAACAAAACCAUCGUUUAUUUUCGAAGAUGUAUCUGAUGAAGAUAUUGAUGGUGAUCAAACACAAGAUGAAUUAGUACCCAGUCCAUCAGAAUAUGAUGAAUACUCAGGUUUAUCUGACGAUCUUGAUCUUGGUAUACAAGAUAAUGAUGAUGAUGAAGAUGCAGAAGAAGAAGAAAUGAAUGAAAGUGAUGAUGAUCUCAACUUUGAAGGUAAUGGUCAUACGAACGGAAAUAAUAAUGAAAGUGAAGAUGAUGAUUCAUCAUAG